AUGCUUGGUCCGAUCCAAGAUUUUAGAAUGUCACUAAUACGUAUUCGUAGAUUAAUAUUUCCACAAUUUAGUCAGUCUCGCUUAUAUUCAAACUCCCCCGACCUUUUCAGAAGACCAAGUCCAGUACCUUUAGGUAAUCCCGAAGAACAAAAAGAAUUUGAGGAGCUUGUGCGCAAAAAUCAAGGUUCUUUUAAUACUGAAACUGAAGAAACUGACGAGAAAGAAUUACAUCCUGAUUUAAGGGAAAAACCUUCACUUAAAUUUGAGGGAGAUAAAAAUCCUUUAACAGGCGAGAUUGGGGGGCCAAGACAAGAUCCAUUGAUGCACGGAGAUUGGAGUUAUGGUUCUAGAGUAACUGAUUUUUAA